GUCUGCCGCCAUGGGAGCUUCUGGGAGGCGGGACUUCCCCUCCAGGAUGGUGCUGGUCAUCAGCUGGCUCCUCCUGGCCAGCUUGUCUGGGGCCACAUGUACAGUGACAACUGAGUGUCCUGACCAGAACCCUACGCUGCAGCCCUGGAGCCCUGGCCAUGACGAGGACCACCGUGUUCACAUAGGCCGGGACAAGAUGCUCCUGCUUACCUCCUCAGCAACCGUCUACUCUAUUCACAUCUCAGAAGGAGGAAAACUAGUCAUUAAAGACCACCAAGAACCCAUUACUCUGCGUACCCGACACAUCUUGAUUGACAGUGGAGGGGAGCUGCAUGCUGGGAGUGUCCACUGCCCUUUCCAGGGCAAUUUCAGCAUCGUUUUGUACGGAAGAGCGGAUGAGGAUGCUCAGCCAGAUCCUUACUUUGGCCUGAAGUACAUAGGAGUUGAUAGAGGAGGCACCCUUGAAUUACAUGGACAGAAAAAGCUCUCCUGGACAUUUCUGAGCAAGACUCUACACCCAGGUGGCAUGGAGGAAGGAGGCUAUUUUUUCGAAAGGAGCUGGGGUCACCGCGGAGUCAUUGUUCAUGUCAUUGACCCCAAGUCGGGCACAGUCAUCCAUUCUGACAGGUUUGACACCUACAGGUCUAAGAAAGACAGUGAACGUCUGGCCCAGUAUCUGAAUGCCGUGCCCGAUGGUAGAAUUCUCUCUGUCGCGGUGAAUGAUGAAGGAUCUCGCAAUCUGGACGACACUGCCAGGAAGGCAAUGACCAAGCUGGGCAGCAAGCACUUCCUACACCUUGGAUUCAGACACCCUUGGAGCUUCCUAACUGUGAAAGGUCAUCCCUCUUCUUCGGUUGAAGACCAUAUUGAAUAUCACGGACACCAUGGCUCUGCUGCUGCCCGAGUAUUCAAGCUCUUCCGGACAGAGCAUGGGGAAUACUUCAAUGUUUCCUCAUCCAGUGAGUGGGUACAAGAUGUGGAGUGGACUCAGUGGUUCAAUCAAGAUAAAGUGUCUCAGACCAAAGGUGGAGAGAAAAUUUCCGACCUCCGGGCAGCUCACCCAGGAAAAAUCUGCAACCGCCCCAUUGAUAUACAGGCCACUACAGCGGAUGGAGUGAACCUCACCACCGAGGUUGUCUACAAAAGAGGCCAGGAUUAUAGGUUUGUGUGCUACAACCGAGGGCGAACCUGCCAGAGCUACCGUGUGAGGUUCCUCUGUGGCAACUCUGUGAGGCCCAAGCUCACGGUCACCAUCGACACUAACGUUAACAGCACCAUCCUGAGAUUGGAGGACAAUGUGCAGUCCUGGAAACCUGGAGACACCCUGGUCAUUGCCAGUACUGAUUACUCCAUGUACCAGGCAGAAGAGUUCCAGGUGCUUCCCUGCAAAACCUGUGCAUCCAACCAGGUCAAAGUAGCAGGGAAACCAAUGUACAUGCACAUCGGAGAAGAAAUUGAUGGUGUGGACAUGCGGGCUGAGGUCGGGCUCCUGACCCGGAACAUUGUGGUGAUGGGAGAAAUGGAGGAUGAAUGUUACCCCUACAGCAAUCACAUCUGCGAUUUCUUUGACUUUGAUACCUUUGGGGGUCACAUCAAGUUUGCACUGGGGUUUAAGGCGGCGCACCUGGAGGGCGUGGAGCUGAAGCACAUGGGGCAGCAGCUGGUGGGUCAGUACCCGAUUCAUUUCCACCUGGUGGGUGAUGUGGAUGAAAAGGGAGGCUAUGACCCACCUACAUACGUGAGAGAGCUCUCCAUCCACCACACGUUCUCGCGCUGUGUGACCGUCCAUGGCUCCAAUGGCCUAUUGAUCAAGGACGUUGUGGGCUAUAACUCUUUGGGCCACUGCUUCUUCACGGAAGACGGGCCAGAGGAACGCAACACCUUUGACCACUGUCUCGGUCUCCUUGUGAAAUCUGGUACCCUCCUGCCCUCUGACCGCGACAGCAAGAUGUGCAAAAUGAUCACAGAAGACUCCUACCCAGGAUACAUCCCCAAGCCCAGGCAGGACUGCAACGCUGUGUCCACCUUCUGGAUGGCCAAUCCCAACAACAACCUUAUAAACUGUGCUGCUGCAGGAUCUGAGGAAACUGGAUUUUGGUUCAUUUUCCACCACGUACCAACAGGUCCCUCAGUGGGGAUGUACUCCCCAGGCUACUCAGAGCACAUUCCACUGGGGAAAUUUUAUAACAACCGAGCACAUUCCAACUACCGGGCCGGUAUGAUCAUAGACAAUGGGGUCAAAACCACCGCGGCCUCUGCCAAGGACAAGCGUCCCUUCCUCUCCAUCAUCUCUGCCAGAUACAGCCCUCACAAGGACGCUGACCCGCUGAAGCCCAGGGAGCCAGCCAUCAUCAAGUACUUCACUGCCUACAAGAACCAGGACCAUGGGGCUUGGCUGCGGGGUGGGGACGUGUGGCUAGACAGCUGCCGGUUUGCUGACAAUGGCAUCGGCCUGACUCUAGCCAGUGGUGGAACCUUCCCAUAUGAUGAUGGCAGCAAGCAGGAGAUAAAGAACAGCUUGUUUGUUGGCGAGAGUGGCAACGUGGGGACAGAGAUGAUGGACAACAGGAUCUGGGGCCCAGGUGGCUUGGACCAUAGCGGAAGGACCCUCCCUAUAGGCCAGAAUUUUCCAAUCCGAGGAAUUCAGUUCUACGAUGGCCCCAUCAACAUCCAGAAUUGCACCUUCAGAAAGUUUGUGGCCUUGGAGGGUCGGCACACCAGUGCCCUGGCCUUCCGUCUGAACAACGCUUGGCAGAGUUGUCCCCAUAACAACGUGACCAACGUUGCCUUUGAAGAUGUCCCGAUUACUUCCAGAGUGUUCUUUGGAGAGCCUGGGCCCUGGUUCAACCAGCUGGACAUGGAUGGGGAUAAGACAUCUGUGUUCCAUGAUGUUGAUGGCUCUGUGUCGGAAUACCCUGGCUCCUACCUCACCAAGGAUGACAACUGGCUGGUGCGGCACCCAGACUGCAUCAACGUGCCUGACUGGAGAGGAGCCAUCUGUAGUGGGCGCUAUGCACAGAUGUACAUUCAGGCCUAUAAGACGAAUAACCUAAGGAUGAAGAUCAUCAAGAAUGACUUCCCCAGCCACCCUCUCUUCCUGGAGGGGGCCCUCACCAGGAGUACCCACUACCAACAGUACCAGCCAGUCAUUACCUUACAGAAGGGCUACACCAUCCACUGGGACCAGACAGCCCCCUCUGAGCUCGCCAUCUGGCUGAUCAAUUUCAACAAGGGUGACUGGAUCCGAGUGGGGCUCUGCUACCCACGAGGUACCACCUUUUCUAUCCUCUCGGACGUCCACAAUCGCCUGCUGAAGCAAACAUCCAAGACGGGCACCUUUGUAAGGACCUUUCAGAUGGAAAAAGUGGAGCAGAGCUAUCCGGGCAGGAGCCACUAUUACUGGGAUGAGGACUCAGGGCUGUUGAUGCUGAAGCUGAAAGCACAGAAUGAGAGAGAGAAGUUUGCCUUCUGCUCCAUGAAAGGCUGUGAGAGAAUCAAGAUUAAAGCUCUGAUCCCGAAGCACGCGGGCAUCAGCGACUGCACAGCCGCAGCCUACCCCAAAUACACCGAGAGAGCGCUCGUGGAUGUGCCCAUGCCCAAGAAGCUCUUUGGUUCUCGGCUGAAGACACAGGACCACUUUUUGGAAGUCAAGAUGGAAAGUUCCAAACAACUCUUCUUCCACCUCAGGAACGACUUUGCUUACAUUGAAGUGGAUGGGAAGAAGUACCCCAGCUUGGAAGAUGGCAUCCAAGUGGUGGUGGUUGAUGGGAACCGAGGGCAUGUGGUGAGCCACGCGAGCUUCCGGAACGUCAUCCUACAAGGCAUUCCAUGGCAGCUCUUCAAUUAUGUGGCAUCUGCCCCUGACAAUUCCAUAGUUCUUGUGACAUCAAAGGGAAGAUACAUCUCCAGAGGCCCAUGGACCAGAGUGCUGGAAAAGCUUGGGAUGGACAAGGUUCUCAAAUUGAAAGAGAAAAUGGCAUUCAUUGGCUUCAAAGGCAGCUUCCGUCCCACCUGGGUGACUCUGGACACAGACGACCACAAGGCCAAAAUCUUCCAAGCGGUGCCCAUCCCUGUGGUGAAGAAGAAGAAGCUGUGA